GAGGAGGUUACGAGUCCACUAAAAUACAAAUCAGGCACGUUCACGCAGAGGCGGAGUGAGUCAAAGCAAACGCGCUGCGCGGGGAAGUCCUGAGGAAGGACAAUUAUCUACUGUCGGGCAUUGGUACCACGUGCCAGCCAGGAUGAUUCUGGGGACAUUGAAAGGCAUCGGGAAGCAGCUCCUGCGGGUGAAGGUUGUCGACUAUAAUACGGACGAGUCCCGCUUGUGUCGAUGCCUCAACACGUUUGACCUGGUGGCUCUGGGUGUGGGCAGCACGCUCGGGGCCGGCGUUUACGUGCUUGCAGGCGCCGUAGCGCGAACCGACUCUGGACCCGCCAUCAUCCUCUCCUUCUUCAUUGCCGCCUUGGCCUCCGUGCUGGCUGGUCUGUGCUACGCCGAGUUUGGAGCCCGUGUUCCCAAAACAGGCUCCGCUUACCUCUACAGCUAUGUCACGGUGGGAGAACUGUGGGCCUUCAUCACUGGCUGGAACCUCAUCCUCGCUUAUGUCAUUGGAACUUCAAGCGUCGCCAGAGCGUGGAGUGCAACCUUCGAUGAACUGAUUGGAGGACACAUUGAGGAAUUCUGCAGAAGAUACAUGACCAUCAGGGCCCCCGGUGUCCUGGCAGAAUAUCCAGACAUAUUUGCUGUCCUCAUCAUAAUAACUUUGACAGGACUGCUUGUAUUUGGAGUGAAGGAGUCGGCAUUGGUAAAUAAAGUGUUCACCUGCGUCAACGUGCUGGUGCUGCUCUUUGUCUUCAUCUCUGGCAUCAUCAAAGGAAACCUAGAGAACUGGAACUUGGAUCCUGAGAAGAUCCUCAAUGCCACCAGAAACUCGAGCCUCAAUGAAUCUGGUCUUGUACCAACAAAGGAAGUUCUUGGUGAAGGUGGUUUCAUGCCUUUUGGCGUCACCGGAGUCCUCUCUGGUGCAGCCACCUGUUUUUAUGCCUUCAUCGGUUUUGACUGCAUUGCCACCACAGGUGAAGAGGUGAAGAAUCCCCAGAGGGCCAUUCCUAUUGGGAUCGUGGCCUCGCUGCUUAUCUGUUUCGUGGCGUACUUCGGUGUGUCCGCCGCCCUCACCGCCAUGAUGCCGUACUACCUGCUGGACGAAAACAGCCCUCUGCCGGUGGCAUUUAAAUACGUGGGCUGGGAUGGAGCCACCUAUGCAGUGGCUGUGGGCUCUUUGUGUGCCCUGUCAACCAGUUUACUAGGUGCCAUGUUCCCAAUGCCCAGAGUGAUCUGGGCCAUGGCAGAAGAUGGUCUGCUCUUCAAAUGUUUGGCUAAAACCAGUGAACGAACCAAAACCCCUCUAACAGCUACAAUAACAUCAGGCGUUGUGGCAGCUGUGAUGGCGUUCCUGUUCGACUUGAAGGACCUGGUUGACCUCAUGUCCAUUGGCACCUUGCUGGCCUACACUCUGGUUGCUGCCUGUGUGCUUGUCCUCAGGUAUCAGCCUGAGCAGCCCAACCUCGCGUACGAGAUGGCCAACACUCAGGACGAGCCUGAAAAUGCCGAGUCGUACAACGAGGUGAACAUGGACAUGUUGCCACAGCCAGAAGAUCGGUUCACCGUCAAGAAUCUCCUUUGCCCUGCGAACACGGAGCCGACACCGCUCUCUGGCUUUGCCGUCAACAUUUGCACAAGUAUACUCGGUGUGCUGGUGUUUGUCUUCAGUGUCAUCGCGGUACAAGGAGGCCUGGCCUCCUGGUCAGUGACUCUCCUCGUCAUCAUCAUGCUCAUGUGUUUGAUUCUGUGCGUCGUCGUGUGCAGGCAGCCGCAGAGCAAGGCCAAGCUUUCCUUCAAGGUUCCCCUGCUGCCCUUUGUGCCCGUCAUUAGUAUGUUUAUUAACGUGUACCUGAUGAUGCAGCUCGACAAAGGAACCUGGCUCCGCUUUGCCAUCUGGAUGGCCUUAGGUUUCAUCAUCUACUUCUGCUACGGCAUUCGAAACAGCGCCGAGGCGUCGCUGACUAGGUCGGACGACGCGUACGCGCCGGCGUGCACCAUCAAAGGCCAGCCCAUGACGACGGAGAAGGAAGCCUUUCUACGCGAAACGGCCAACGCCGCCAAAGACGAUGACGCAGAUUGCUGAUGAAACAGGAGGUUCACUAAUUUAUUUUGGCUCUGAUCGCUUCAUCAAACACUGACAUAUGUUAAAUUCUCCCCCCCAAAAAAAUGGCUGCAAAUCCUGGAGACAUACGGCGGCGUGUUUGUCCUCGGCGCGUUGAGUCGUUUCCUAAUUUCAGCCGGACAUAUUGUCUCAUUUAGUUUGGCGGCCAAAUAUGAGACGACAUGAGGGAAGAAACAGGAUGUAGAUUUUAGUGGAUGAAAAGUUUUAGCUUCUAAAUUAAAACAAUUUGAUAUGUUUUUGCCACUUCGGUAAACAGAAAUUAAACUGUGGAAAGGAACCAAUUUUUUUAAAGCUAUGCAGUGUGUUGACUGUAUGUAAUGUUAAACUUCAUUUUGGUUCCUAAAUCCACAGGAUAAACUCUAUCAUUAUUAUUAUUAUUAUUAUUAUUAUUAUUGUUAUUAUUGUUACAUUUUUAAGUUUAAACUUAUUUUCAAUACUUGCUGCGCAGCAGAGCCACAGUUGGAUGGAGCACAAAAUCAACAAGUAAUAGAACUUUAGACAUGACUUUUAUCAGCUGCGGUUUUGAUAAACGUUACAAUGGGAAGUGGUUAAUUUUUUAUCUUAAUUAUUCUUAUAAAUUACAAAGUCUUUAUUGCAGCUCAUCUUUAAGUAGUUUGUUUGCAGAAACCAGUUUAUAUUUCCGUCAUUCAGUCGGCACAGUGGUAAUCCCAUUUAAAAAAUAUACAGUAAUUGGACUAUGGAUUACGUUAUUCGGGUAUGUUAGUCCGACGAACGUGUCUCGGGCCUAGCUAAUCUUAGAAAUACCAGUUACGUGAUAUUUUGCACAUAGAAACAGCGUAGCAACAUGUUUACAGAUGCAUUCCGUCCACAUGGAAACAGCGUUUUACGGGAUGUGAAAAUUGUAUUUUUCUCAAAAACGCCAGCCCGCUACUUUUAGGAAAAUGUUGACACUAGAUAUCACUAGAACACGUCCUGUCUUUAGAGAUUUCACACACAGGGGUAAAAAAAAAAGUGUUGAAUCGUAAAAAAUAAAGACAGGAGAAAACAAAAGCUAUUUUUAGCUUUCAGCUUCAGUUCCACACUCAGUCGAGUGCACUGAACAUCCACAGCUCACUCUUGUCUGUGCGUGUGUGUCUGAAUCUCCGCCCACAGUUAAUACAAUUGGAUGGAUCUCACUCGUGCGGCAGAAUUGUGCUUUUCCUUCUCGGAAAGUGUUUAGGUUUACGACAGAAAGUCGCUAGAUAUGUCGCAAGUUUCUUUUUUUAACGUAUAUUUUUGGGGCUUUUUAUUCUGCAGCUCUACCAAGAGCUAAACGCCGCCCCAACAAGUUUCUAUUUUGAAAAAAACAAAAAAAAAGUGGCCGGGGGUUUCUGUUAUUAUAUUGAAUGUGUACAACGUCAUUUUCUCAUAUGCACGUCAGGGUUUUGAGUCGUCGGGGGUUCCGUGUGGGCGGAGAUAUUUCCUGAAACUGGGCAAAGAAAAAAUAUCGUUGUUGUGCCGUUUCCGUGUGGACGUGGCCUGAGACUGAAGUGCUAAUUACAGUGUUUUUACUAUUGCGACGAGUGGCUCUGUCGUGGUUUGUGAGGUCGCUCAGACUGUCAGAAUCUGUAAAUACUUGCUCGAUAUUGAGUCUGCAAUCGUGCGCCACGUUACAUUACAUAACAUGUCAUUUAGCAUUUAGAAAUGCACUUAUUGUAAGACGCUUUUAUCCAAAGCGUCUGUGCAUUAACUGCUGAAACUGUAAAGUAGAAGAGCCAGUAGGAGGCGCCCUCACCGUCUCUGUUCUUCCCUGUGAUUGGUCACAAUCUGUCAUCGCGAUUCAAGUUUCCCCAAAUCUGGAAAACUGUGUCUUUUUCAGAUCACAUGAUUUUAGUUGAUGCUGAUUUCUAUGGAAUUACUGAUCAAAAAUGUUGCCUACCCCAGCUUUAAUUACUCGGGUAAAGACGUGGUCAUUUAUAAUUUAUAAAUUUAUAAAAGAAGUGGUCAUUUCUAAUCCUUAAACGCAGCUGAAAGUUUCACUGUAUCUUCAUCUCCUAUGGUGCAACUUUACGUUUAAGAGUUAUUUAACUGUUACUGAGUAAAGGUAUAGAAAACAAACAUCUGUGCCAUUUUUACAUUAAAUUAGUAUCUUAAAUAAGUGUCUUCUAGUUGGUUGAUAUUAAUCAGAUUCACCGGUGUCGUCUCUCGUGGGAUAUUGCACUUUAAAUUCCGAGAAAAGCAAAUCUUAUUGGAUAUUUUAAAAUGAAUGUAUUGUAAGUUCUGAUUUCCCAAGUGAAUGUCGAGCCUCGAGAGGUGUGAUCACCUAUGACUGUUAAGAGAGAGAGAAUAAGAGAGAGAAUGUGUAUCGUUUUAUGUGUAAAGAGAAUGUAAAAAUGGGUUGAGGCACAAAUGGUCGGUGACACUGAACGAAUUCGGACCCCGGUUAGACCUGGUCUUAACGUCCUCGCCUGAGUAAUCCGAUCACAGCGCCAAGUCCACGCUUGAGUGUGUCGUAAGAUUUGAUCAUAAAAAAAACAUUAGGAGGUUUUUAAUGGUUUAACGACAUUCCUGUGUCUGCAGAGACAGUCUAUCACCAGCUCAUCUUCUGAUUUACUGCAGUAUUUUUACUUCUAAAAUGUCCUAAUUUUGACCUACAGCACAGUCCUGUCAUGAAACGAAUAAAUAUUUCAAAAACUGGUUUAAAACUAAAAAAUAUUUUUGUUAUUUAUUUGGCAACUUAAUACAUGUGUUCAUGCAGACUCACUGGGCUUCUACUCUGAGAAAUGAAGCAUAACAUUCAGCCACUAAAACACAUUUUCCACUUUAAAAAGGCAAGUAAAUAACUUUAAUUUAGCCUUUUAAUCAAGAAAUAAUAAUGUGCUAGUUUUUUGUAAUUGUAAAAAAAAAAUGAUUUUGAUAAUCUAAUUUCCAGUUUUGUUCAUUUAGUGCAGCUGUAGCUUUGGUUGUUGCUCUAAUAAAUGUGUUAAGCACUGUAGUUGAACUGUUCAUCAGCGUGAUUAGAGCGUUCUCUCUCUCUGUGACACAAACUCACAUGUGAUGUCACAGGAGACUCGUGCACACGUGUGGACUCAACG